UCUGAGUCCGAUUGAUAAAUUGCCAAAUCCGCUCAACCCUCUGCGUCUCUACAAUAACUUCUAUCAUCCGUCUAAUAAGACACAUGUCUGAGAUCAUCUUCGAUCCUCCACGAUGCUAAAUAUACUCAUUAUUGCGUGGACUCUAAUUGUCCAUGCUUGCCUAGCAUCCCCUACGCCUCCCGGCGACCCCAGAGUGUGCAACUUCGGUAUAACAGCACAUGGUGACGUGACCCACAACAUCAGUCUGCUUGAUAACGGCCAGGCACGAGGAGCACCAAACGCGAACAAGAUGACCUUCACUUCCCAUUACUUCAAGAAAGGGGUGACUACUCUUGUCGAUGACAGGGGCAGAUCUUGCGGGUGGUCGCUUCCAAGUUCCGUUCUCGUCUGCGACUCCGUGCCGCCAGAGCAGCCAUCAACAGACUGGAAUGUCGACUGCUUCGGGCACCUGCGCUGGAGGGGACAGGAUACCUUUGCGGUAUGCUGGACUGGCGAGAGCGAUGAGACCAAUUUCUACCUGUGGGCGCCGAGCCCCGCUUGCGCGAAGGUCCAACUCAAGGUUGACAAGAUAUGCGUAUGCGACCUUAUACAAAUCCCUCCGCACUGAGCGAAACGAUUGACUGUCUUCUUACUGGCACUGGGAGUACAUAGAGGCUAGCCACUUCUAUCUAUUUACAAGAGGGGGUUUGUCCUCCCCGACAUGUCCCCGGCGUCUCCUCGGUCAACCUCCCAUUGUCGACAUGAAGGAAGGGAGAAAUGGAGAGGGCAGGAUUAAAAGCGGUUAGGCCAGCAAGAAGGGUAUUAUCAU